AUGGCUCUAUUCUCCAUCCCGGGAUGGUUCGGUUCGUGGGUAGCUUCCAACCCAGAAGUUCAAACGAUGAUAUCAACCGAUUACAGUACUCCUUCAGGCAACUCUCCGCCUCGGAUCCACUUUCUGAAUGCAAAAUACGUUUGGUUGUUUCAUGCCCUCUACACAAGCCUCUCUGUCGUCAGGUGUCAGUCCAGUUCCAUUCAUCCUGCGUCCGCUCUUUCAACAGUAGGCCCCGCCCAGACCUUCAUAAAUCAGAUAAAUAGUACCGUCUUCCAAGACAAUGUUUCUACACGUAAUCGCCAUAUUGCACUUGGUCCUCUACAGAGUACACCGGAUUACGCGAUUCCUGGAGAACUAGAUUUUGAUAAGCCCGGGUUCAAUCUGCAGAGUGGACCGAGACCCACCUUCACAUCAUCCCCGAUUCUAUGGUUAUUCAUCUAG